UUCAAUAGAUGGCUCGUUUGAGGAGUUUGUUGGAGAGUAAAAAGCUCAGGAACAGCUGAGAGAGAGACUCCAGACUGGAAAGUGCUGUUAGCUUCAGGCUAUCUUGUCCACACUUCCGGUUUUCCGGUGGCGGCGGGCGGCGCGCGCGCGGAGGAGCUGAAGUUCAGAAACCGGGAGUUUCAGCGAGUUUCUAAAUUCAGACCUGCGGAGAACAGAUUUUAACCGAGCAGAGACCCACGCGGGGACCGAGCCGGAGCGCGCGGGGACAUGAGGAGCAGCUGGUCCGCUCACAGCUUCACCUGAUGACACCUGUUGUUGUUGUUGUCGAGGCUGAGCGCGCGCUGCGAGGAGGAGGAGGAGACCCCCCUACCUGUUUGUGUGGAUUAUAGUUUAAAGCUCGUAUCUCCGCCGGUCCGGGACGGUGUUCCGCGGGCGCUGCGGGGAUGAAGGUGACGGUGAGUUUCGGGCGGACCGGGGUGGUCGUGCCCUGUAAGGACGGCUGGAUGGUUCGGGACCUGAUCGAGCAGGCGACGCAGAGAUACAGGAAGAUAGUGGAGCAGGAUGGGGAGUUCCUGGUGCGGACGCACCACGUGGAGUAUGCGGACGGGGGGAUCCUGGACCCGGAUGACAUGCUCACAGACCUGGUGGAGGACAAGGAUAAGCUGGUAGCCGUGUAUGAGGAGAUGGAGCUUCAGCAGAGGGCGGUGGCGAGUCCAGGAGGGAGUGUGGCAUCAGGCUUCUCCAGCCCUGAACCCUCAGAGCCUGAGCUCGGCCUUCUAAUGCCCGGCAGCGAGAUCGAGGUCACCGCCAGUGCUCUAAAAUCAAACACGCCUCUACUGGUCAGAAGCAGCAGUGAAUCGGUCCUGACUCCGCCUCUGGAGGCCGGCACUCGUGAGGCUGAUAACCAGAGCAGCAGACCACAGACAACGGGCACCGGCCAUGCGUUGACCGUGAGAGGUGGUGCCAUGGACAGAUUGAAGGAAGAGGUUCCAACGAUCAGGCCAGGAAUGAUGUCCAUGAGCAGCACUCUCACAAAGACAGUGGAGAUUUCUGGAGACCUGGGACCUUUGGGAAUUAAAGUUGUACCGUACUGUUCUUCACUGAGUGGACGGACUCUGGGCCUCCACGUAAAAGGCAUUGAGGACAACAGCCGCUCGAAGCGAGAGGGCAUCUUUCAGGAGGACGAAUGCAUCGUACAGAUCAAUGACACCGAGCUAAUAGACAAGUCUUUUGCUCAAUCACAGGAGGUCUUCCGCCAGGCUAUGUCCUGUUCACUUGUUCGCCUUGAGGUUCUACCUGUAGCCAACAAGCUUUACUAUGAGAAAAGCCUGAUUGGCCAGCUCUUCAAUGGCCCUGACCCCGGCAACCCUUCCGUCCCCAAGGUCAAGAGCCCAUUCGGGCUUCGCAAGACUGACGCCAAAGUCAUAGAUCGAUUGGUGCGACCAAGCUCUGAGACUCCGCCUCCUGAAGAAACCCCGCCUCCUCACAGGCACACACCUGUGGAGUCUGAGCGCCGCCAAGAGACCCCACCUCCUCCUGUUCGCGCCUCUCCCACCCCCAAGAGUCGUCAGGAGACCCCGCCCCCUUCUGUCCGCGCCUCACCUACUCCCAAGGGCCGCCAGGAGACCCCGCCUCCCCCUGUACGCGCCUCACCCACCCCCAUGGGUUGCAGUGAAAGCCCCGCCUCCAGAAGAAGCCCCGCCCUUGCCGCACCGCCGACUGUGGCUAAUAAGAAAGGAGGCAAGAAAAUGAAGGUCAAUUUAACGAAAGGUACAGAAGGGCUUGGCUUUACGGUGGUGACCAGAGACUCCUCUGUGCAUGGGCCAGGACCUAUUUUGGUGAAGAGCAUCCUUCCCCGUGGAGCUGCUGUGAAAGACGGGCGUCUGCAAUCUGGAGAUCGCAUACUAGAGGUCAAUGGAGUGGACAUAACGGGCCAUUCACAGGAAGAGCUGGUGGCUAUGCUGCGAAGCACCAAGCUGGGAGAGACUGUAUCACUGUUUGUAACCAGACAAGAGGAGCUGUUUUUACCUAGAGAACUGAAAGGCGAGCCGUCUGCACCGCCGCCGUCCGAGGAUGGCAGAGAGCAGCUGAUGUUUGAGGUUCCUCUGAGCGACUCGGGCUCCGCCGGCCUGGGGCUCAGCCUGAAGGGCAACAAGUCAAGAGAGACAGGAGAGGACCUGGGCAUCUUCAUCAAAUCGGUCAUUCAUGGCGGUGCUGCUUUCAAGGAUGGACGCCUGCGUCCAAACGACCAGCUUCUGGCCGUCAACGGUGAAUCCCUCCUUGGCCGCUCCAACCACGAUGCCAUGGAGACUCUGCGGCGUUCCAUGUCCAUGGAGGGCAACCUGCGAGGAACCAUCCAGCUGGUGGUCCUGCGCUCUCCUGAGCCCCCCCCUGCACAGGAGAGCAGCCAGACCCAAUCCAGAGGGAGCCCUCCUGUCCAGUCAUCCAAGAACAGCCAAUCCAAUGGAGUCUCACAGCCUCCAAUGGUCAUGAACAGCAUCUACGAUCGAGCUCCAGGACCGCUUGCGUCCUCCAAUGGCAGAUAUAGAGUGCAGGAGGAAGACAAUGGUGAAGAGGAUUUCCCCCCUCCUCCUGCUGAUCUGGACAGAAUGGAAAAAGACAUCAAUCUUCAACAGAACUACCCACAACACAGAGUGGAAAGAGAGCCGGCGGGUCGUCCCACUUAUUUACAACAUCCACAGACCCAGAGACCACCUGAGCACAGCCCCACUAAAGCUUCCAGAAGCAUGGACCUGGUGGCAGACGAGAGCAAACCAGGUGCCAUGGAACCACAGAAAGCUGUGUCCUCAGCCUCCAGAGGCCAGCCGGUCGGCCCCACGCUGGGCCUGCAGAAGUCCAGUUCUCUGGAGAGCCUGCAGACAGCCAUGGAGGAGGUCAGCAAGAGCGAGACUCCCUUCCACCGGCCCGCCAUGCAGAUGGUGAGAGGCCGAGGCUGCAACAUGAGCUUCAGACAGGCCAUCGACAAGUCCUACGACGGGCCUUCCGAGCCUGACGACGAUUAUUCAGAUGAUAGCUCUGGCAGAGACACUCCUGCAAGCAACUCCUCACGCCAAGAGCUAGAAGACGGGGCUAAAGAGAAGAAGAAGAAGACCAAGAAGAAGAAAGAGAAGAAAAGCAAAGCAAAGAAGAAGGACGACGUUCCUGAGGAACAAGACAAAAAGACGAAGAAGAAGGGAUUUGGCCUGUUAAGGUUCGGAAGGAAGAACAAAGAUGAUAAGGCUAAAUCCAAAGCUAAGCUGGGAGCGCUGAGUGAAGAAGAGGUUGAUAAGAGCGAAGCUGAAAUGCUGCCACACCUACCGGAAGUGGACGGUUCAGUUCCUGGAACUGCGUUCUUGCCUGAUGUGGAAGAUGACGAUUUCGACCCGAACUACGCCCGCAUCAACAACUUCAGAGAACCGCCCCCUUCCAGCCAAUCCCCUUUCAUGACACGGACACCCUCUCCUCACCAUGCUCCGCCCACUGUCCCCGCCUACAGUGGACCACCGCCUAGUGAAGUCCCACUGGAGGGGCUGUACGCUAAAGUCAACAAACAGAAGCCAGCAGCCACACCAACAGUAGCUGAAAGCAAUGAAGCUCGUCUCCAGCAGAUCCGAAGCCAACUGCAGCAUUUGAAGCCUGUACCAUCUUACAGUGAAUCAGGAGCUGCCCAUAGAGUCCAAGAGUACGACCCCUCACGAAUAAGAGGCCCAGAUUCCCGCGCUGCUCCCAGAUAUGAAGACAUUGAUCGGCAGUAUGCAACCAUCAACAGACGAAACCCGGCAGACAACUAUCCCACGCAGAACUGGGCAACUCAGAAGGAUGAAGCCCGUUACCCAAACCCCGCCCCCUCUUACAACGCCAACCAAGCCAGGGAUCCCUACACCAACCGGCCUGCAUCCCCCAGACUACCCGGGCACUACCCCAUGCCUCCACCACCGCAGAGGGGACCUCUUCGGCAGGACGUCCCCCCAUCUCCCACUCUGGGCAUGCGAGCAGCACCCCUCUAUGAAACUGUGGCAAGAGGAGGCUAUCGUACCCCCGGACAGGAGCAGUACGGUUCAUACGGAGACGGACAGUACCCAGACCCUCGGCAGAAAAACUCUGUAAUCGGAGCUGUGUAGUCUGAAGCUUUUAGAGAAUUCCUUAAAAUCUGCUUGUUUUUGCUCUAUAAGUAACGAUGUCUUGUCAAGUGACAACAUUUUAACCCAAAAUAAUUUGAUAUUUCGCAGUUUAAAGACUGUUAUAAGGACAAUACUCAGAUCAGCCAUACCAUAACAUAGUAGCACCACUGGAAGGCGAAGUCAGUAACACUGGUUAUCUUGUGACAAUAGCAUCUGCCAGUGGGUGGGAUCUACAUAUUAGUCAGCAAGAAAGUGACCCUAAUAUGGUGGUGGUGUGUAAGUUGUUAGUAUGUGUUGUGCUGGUACAAGUAGAUCAGAGGCAUAGUCAUUAUUUCACACGCCUACCUACUAUUAGUCCUUCAUCAGUGUUCACAAGAACACUACCCACAAGGACACUGCCAACAGGACACUGCCCGCAAGAACACUGCCCGCAGGAACACUGCCCACAGGACACUGUCCACAGGACACUGCUUGCAGGACACUGCCUGCAUGAACACUGCCCGCAGGACACUGCCCGCAGGAACACUACCCACAUGUACACUGCCAACAAGAUGCUGCCCACAGGAUGUCAUCCAAAGGUCGCUGUUGGUUGGACUGUUCUCAGUCCAGCAGUGACACUGAGGUGUUCAAGAACUCCAGCAGCACUGCUGUGUCUGGUCCACUACUCAUACCAGUACCGCGUACCCUAACACCUCACCACCAUAACACUUGUCACUACAGUUUUGACAAUGACCCACCUACCCAGGUAAUGCCUUCACCAAGGUGUUCCUGGCCAUUGAAGAACAGGAUGAAAUGAUAGUAAAGUUUGCAGAGAAACAGAUGUACUAUAAGUUCUAAGUUCUAUAUAAGAGAAGGUGGUGUUAUGGUUAUGGCUGAUCUGUAUAUAUGUAAGAGGAUUUUCCCAUGCCAUGAAAUUGUUUUACAGUGAUAAGCUGGGACAUAUUUUAGUUGGAUUCUCCAAUGAAUCACUGAUAAAUAACGGUCACACUGCUGAACUUCAAGACCUUCCAAUAGUCCCUUAAGUACUGAAGAGGUUUCUAAAAAGUAGCUAAAAUUUUUUGAAGGAAUAUAUACAUAUUUUUUAUGGAAUUUUAUGUUUGUAUUUGCUUGGUUUAACAUAUGAAGAAAAAUGUAGCCCUGCUAAAAAAAAAAAAAAAAAACAGCCUGGGCAGAUCAAGCUCAUGCUGGUUGACCAGUCGGACAAGCUGGUUGUCUGGUGUGACCACACUGGGUGACCAGAUUGAUCAUAAUGAACUGCAGCAUACACUAUGGCCAUCUUUUUACUGCAAGGCAUAAAAUGCUUACAAACUACAUUAAGCCGGGCCUGUAAUUGUUGUGCUAACUUGGAUAAGGCCAUAGCCAGCAUGCUAACACCACGGUAGUGAUGUGGGACGAGGCCCAUAGCCAACAUGCUAAGAAUGCUUUAGGGAUUUGAGACGAGGCCCAUAUCCAACAUGCUAACACUGCUUUAGUGAUAUAAGACGAGGCCCACAUCCAACAUGCUAACACUGCUUUAGCGAUAUAAGACGAGGCCCAUAUCCAACAUGCUAACACUGCUUUAGCGAUAUGAGACGAGGCCCAUAUCCAACAUGCUAACACUGCUUUAGCGAUAUAAGACGAGGCCCAUAUCCAACAUGCUAACACUGCUUUAGCGAUAUGAGACGGGGCCCAUAUCCAACAUGCUAACACUGCUUUAGCGAUAUGAGACGGGGCCCAUAUCCAACAUGCUAACACUGCUUUAGCGAUAUGAGACGAGGCCCAUAUCCAACAUGCUAACACUGCUUUAGCGAUAUGAGACGGGGCCCAUAUCCAACAUGCUAACACUGCUUUAGCGAUAUGAGACGAGGCCCAUAUCCAACAUGCUAACACUGCUUUAGCGAUAUGAGACGAGGCCCAUAUCCAACAUGCUAACACUGCUUUAGCGAUAUGAGACGGGGCCCAUAUCCAACAUGCUAACACUGCUUUAGCGAUAUGAGACGAGGCCCAUAUCCAACAUGCUAACACUGCUUUAGCGAUAUGAGACGAGGCCCACAUCCAACAUGCUAACACUGCUUUAGCGAUAUAAGACGAGGCCCAUAUCCAACAUGCUAACACUGCUUUAGCGAUAUAAGACGAGGCCCGUUGCCAGUCAACAUUCUUCAUUUCCCAGGUUAGCAUGCUAACUUGCUAACUGUGAAAUGAGAUAGGCAGUGUGAGACCAGACUCAUUGGCAUUGUCUAAAUGUUCCAUAAAUCUUUGGAAAGAUUUGUAAACAUGUUGCCUUGCCGUGGAAAAUAUAGGCCUAUGCUGCUAAUAACAGGUUAACCAGCAUAAAGUAAGUCUAGUUUGGAGGUGUAGUGGAUAACUAGCUUUGGAUGGACCACCUUGACCAUGCAAGUCCAGCUAAGAUCAUUUAAAACCUGCUUUUUUUUUUAGAAGGAAUAGAACUAAAUCUACAUUUUUUAAAAAUAGUUUUUUCAUACAUUUUCUCAAUCUCACAUCAGACCCCCAUAUGAAGCAUCACUGGUGGUUGUGUUGUUUUAUGGCGGUUUGAUGAUUCAGAAGUGCAGAUUCCCAUCUUGUUUACCUUGCUGCCGCAUUCCACAGUCAGUCACUCUGGAUCAGUUUAUCUCCCGGCUCGUCCGUUAGUGUACGGUUUAUGUGUCUGGCUGCAUGUACAUAAUUCAUAUCUCAGCAGUCUGGUGUGGGUUCUGCUGUUAGAUAGUGUUUCUCUGUGGUCAUUAUCUGUGUGGUUUUCCUCGUGGCUUCAGGCUGUGGUUUGCCAGUGUGUGUUAUCUGAUCAGAACCAGCCUCUGUUUUCUCGUAGCGACGUCUUAAAAAAAAAGACCUGUCGCUGUCUCUACCCUGCAGCAGCAGCAGCAGCAUCAUCAGCUGGGUGAAUAGGUGCCUUACCGUUGUUCUGAGAAUAAUUAGAUUAUGAUUAUUGUUAUGGUGGUGGUGGUGCGCAACCAAACCAUGCGUAUGGGGUAUGUUGCUAAUAGGAUUGUGUUUUUAAUAUUGUUCUGUCUUUUUGUUUUAUUUUUUUUUUGUUUUGUUAUUAUUUUAAUGAAGGAAUCUCCAGUGUGAGCUUGGUGCCAAACAUGACAUGCAUGAGUUUAGUGUGUGAUUAUUACACUAUAACUACACUAUAUGUCCAAAAGUUUGUGGACACCCCCUUCCGCAUUCUUAACCGAUACGCAAACAAAUAGUUGAUUUCCUUAUUGGUAGCCAUCAGGAGAUUCCUGUGUCUGUAGCUCUAUUUUAUAAAGUAUCAUACAUUUCUGUUAAAGCCCCU